UAUCACUCAGAGCUGAUUCAGUUCUGUCUUUCUUCUUGAAGCCCUAAGAGCAUACAGACCAGGAAAGGCCAACUUAACCCCCAAUUAGAGGAUUAACUCCCUCCACCAGAAUCACUUCCUGUUAGAGACACAGAAAUCACUCGAGGCCGCAUUUCAAUACAAAUCGUACUUUACAUAUUCCCAAGAUGACCGACCAGGAGGUCACUUACACAACUGUGAGAUUUCAUAAGUCUUCGGGGUUGCAGAACCCAGUGAGGCCUGAGGAGACUCAGAGGCCCAGAGAAGCAGGCCACAGAGAGUAUUCAGUCCCCUGGAAGCUCAUUGUGAUUGUUCUCGGAAUCCUCUGUUCCCUUUUGCUGGUAAUUGUGGCAGUGUUGGUGACACACAUUGUUCAGUAUGGACAUGAGAAACAUGAACAGGAGAAAACUCUAAAUUCCCUCAAUCAAGAGUACCAUGUCGUGAAAAAGGACAUCUCCUUAAAGGAAGAAAUGUUAAGAAAUAAGUCUUUAGAGAAUGACAAACUCAAAGAUAGUCUUCACUCCCUCAAAGGAGAAAGGAAAAGAUGCUAUGAGAAAACCAAGAUUGUUUUAGAUUGCUUGCACCACGCAGGCAAACGAGUGAAAAAACACUGGUUCUGCUGUGGCACAAAAUGUUAUUAUUUCAUCACGAAUGAUCAACAGUGGAGUGGAUGUAUAAAGACUUGCCAGUGUUGCAGCUUAUCUCUUCUGACGAUAGAUGAUGAGGAUGAGCUGAAGUUCCUUAAGCCCCAACUUCAAGGAGACAGAUACUGGAUUGGAUUGACACACAAUAAAAACAAAUGGGAAUGGCAGUGGAUUAACAAUGGCUCUUCUAAACUUGAUUUGGCAGGAAUGAAUUCAGUAUAUCGCAGAGGAAGCUGUGCAUUUCUAAGUCCUAUUAAUAUACAACAUGAUGACUGUGCUAAAACCUAUGGCUGUAUAUGUGAAAUGAGACCAAGUAAAUUCCAUAUUCCAGUGAGCUAUGUGAAGAAAAGAGCUCAAUCUUCUCUGCAGAAUGAUGAAGUGAAAAGUGAAGAAACGUUCUGUCAUCAGACUUAACAGAACAGAAGCCAUCUUCCUUCCUGGUAAAUAGAGACACUUGUGUCUGGAGAAUGGACACCCUUUGUUCUAAGCCUUGAAGAAUCAUUGUUUCCAGUAUUACACACAGACCAAAUACAGAACUUAGAUAAUCACACACAUUCUUCAUCAUCACUAGGAUAAUCCAUUUCCUUAACCUAUAGCUCUGACAUCACACUUAAGAAAUAGGAUGCAGUUGCUGUUUGUUGGUUGGUAACUUUAUAUUUUUGGAGGUAGAAGGAUUAACCUGAAAAUGUUUUUAUUUGCUGUAAAAUAUAAUUUUAGACUUGAUGAAUAGUUGCCAAGGUAGUAUAAUGAACCCAUACAACCUUUCAUAGUUCAUGUCUUCUCUCUCUCUCUCUCUCUCUCUCUCUCUCUCUCUCUCUCUCUCUCUGUGUGUGUGUGUGUGUGUGUGUGUGUUUGUCUCUCUGUCUCUGUCUCUCUAUUAAUCUGAUGCAUUUGGCAAUAAAUAGAAAUCCCAUAGUUGUAGUAAUAUUUAUUUAGGCCUACUGGAUGUAAUGGUUCAGACUUAUAAUUUUAUAGGUACAUGAAUUUGAAGGCAGUCUAGGGUACAUAGUAUGUUUGUGGACAUUGUGAGCCUUAUUGUGUGACUCCGUGUUAUGAAAUCUAAUUAUGAUGAUGAUGAUGAUAAUAAUGUUAAAUUGUCCAUAAAUAUUUUCUAAAAACAAGCAAUUUUUCCUUUUUUUAAAAAAAGAUUUAUUAAUUUGCAGCUAAGCAAAUAAGCAGUAUAAGUACACUGCAGCUGUCUUCAGACACACCAGAAGAGGGCAUCAUAUCUGAUUACAGAUGGUUGUGAACCACCAUGUGGUUGCUGGGAAUUGAACUCAGGACCUAUGGAAGAGCAAUCAGUUCUCUUAACCACUGAGCCAUCCCUGCAGCCCUCAAUUUCUUUUAUAGCAUCACAUUGAAUGGUAAACUGAAGAAAUGUGGUAUUUUUGUAAAAAUAUGAUCUAAUCUAUAAUCCAAAUUUAUAUUUGUUAGUUUUCUGAUCAUGUCACUGUCACUAUUUCCUCAUGUUUAGGAUUAUGCCAUGCAUUCACCUGUAAUGUCCUUUGGUUUUAAAAGUCUUAAUGACUUUUGAUUUUUUUCUAAUAUUAAAAAUUAAAAUAUUGCUGGGCAGAAUGCAUAUAAUAAAAUGUACUCAUUGUAAGCUAUAAGAAAAAUAAGUUUUAACAAAUAUGCACAUGUCUUAUAGAGUCAUUGAGCUUAAGAAGAUCACAAUGUCAGCUUGACACAUGCUAGAGUCAUCUGAGAAUAGAGGACCUCCAUUGAUAAAAUGCCCCCUUAACUUUUGGCUUUAGACAAGCCUACAGUGCGUUUUCUUAAUUAGAUGUUGAUGUUGAGAGCCCAGCCCAUUAUGGGUAUUACUACCCCUGUGAUGGUAGUCCUGGAUUGUGUAAGAAAGCAGGCUGAGCAAGCCACUUUGAGCUUUCAGAAAGAUGCACCCACCCAUGGCUUCUGCAUUAGCUCCUGCUUGCAAGUUUCUGCUGGGCUUUAGUAUUUGUUCUGACCCCAUCAGUAGUAGACUCCAAUGUAGAAAUGUUAAGUAAAAAUGAUCCUUUUCUUCCCCAAGUUUUUUCUUGUUUUGGUAAUGGUAUUUCAUCAUAGCAAUACAAAACCUAAUUGAGAAAAACAUUAAACCCUUACAGGGUUUUGUAUCUCUCAAAAUUCAUUUCAGCCCAGUACUUUGAACUCUGGCCAUAUGCAAGCAGGUAUAUGUUCUCUUUCCUGUAAAUUAAUAUGGUCUUGUCCAGAGUGUUAUAUACUAUGCUGUUGUAUUUUCUGUAUUUUCUCCAUGUACUGGAUAUUAAAACAUACUUUAC